GAGAACGGGAAGAUGGAGGAUAUGAGCCCCAGGUUUUGGGCGGCCCAUCUGGCUCACCAUAGCUAGAAGCCCUGCAGAGUUGUUCCAUAUGAAAUUCUUCCCCCCCUGGACCCUGGAAUUUAUGAAGGAAAAUACAUUGGAUUUGCUAAGCAAUUUACCAGAUGAGAUCCUUUGCCGCAUCAUUGCCUUUCUCCCCUCUGAAUCUGCACUAGAGACCAUCUUCCUUUCUACUCGAUGGAGAGGCCUAUGGAACACAAGUUUAGUGCGACAUGGAACAAUAGAAGCUGCCGCCAAUGCAAUUUCUGGAUUCUUAACUCAUUUUGAUGAGCUUGAUCCAUUAAGGCAGCCCCGGAAGCUUCAAUAUCACUUUGGCAAAGAUAGUACCCUCCUGGCUACCAUUGCAGGUAAUAAUAAACUGCACGUGGAUUUCUCUAGUGGGAAGCAAGAAUUUCCAAAGCUGUUUGAUUGGUUGUUGGAGCUGAAUCACCAAAAGGUUACCCACCAGCCAAGUCCCUCUACAUUCUUUGUUAAAACUCUUUAUCUUAAAUCAGUAAGCUCUCUUACCAAUGAAGCAGUGUCCUCUAUAGUUCCCCAUUUUCAGUUUCUUGAAAACUUGAAAAUCAUUGAAUGCAAUGGAUUACAAGCUUUAGAAAUUGAUAACAGUCCAAAGCUUAAAAGCUUAACCAUUAUUGAUUGUCUGCAAUUGAAAUAUUUCCAUAUAAGAUGUUUGAAACUUAGAUCUUUCUGGUAUCGAGGUCUAUUCCCUUGGCUCUGGCCCGAAUAUCAUUUUAACCUGACAGAUGCCAUGCUAGAUUUCAGACAAGGCCCCGGCAACAUUGGCUUCAAGAGUUGUGAUUUUGACCCAACUCUGUUAACGAUUAAAAAUGCUGAAAUUCUUACACUAUGCAAAUGGACUUUUGAGGCACUGAUUUGGCCAUCGAUUUCCUAUUUUCAAUCGAACUUCCAGUUCUACAAAUUGAAAAAGCUAUGGUGGAUUGAUAAUUCAACAGAAGGAUAUAAUAGUGAGGCCUUAAUCUCCUUCCUAAAACUGUGUCCUGCCUUAGAGCAGCUUUUUGUUACUAUUGACCCUAAGAGCUAUUGCAUGCCAAGCACUGCUACAUACUCAAAGAAAGUCACUAGGCAUUCAGAACUUGGACAUCUCAAAGUGGUUAAAUUGGAGGGAUUUACAAAUAAAGAGGAUGAGAUCUCAUUGGCAGAGAAUUUUACAAAGCUAGGUGCCGUAGAGCCACUAAUCAUAGCAACAACAGAUGGGAUUUGCUUGAGGAGUUUGGUGAAGGCUCCUCUGUAUCAGCCAAAGCAGCAGUGUAGGAGCAACUUGGAAAGGGUGGCACCCUGGUCACAUGACAGGAAGUAUACCUAUAAGUUUGUUGAAGUAAUAGGAGAUAUCAAUGAGGUAUGUCCUAAACAUGCUCACAUGGGUCCAUAGAUGUAACAAAGUCUUCAAAAUCUUAUUUCUUCCAUAUAUAAGAUGUACUUACUUCUCGGGCACUCGCAUGGUGAAUUGCAGUGCACUCCUAAUUGUAUCUAUAUCUCCACUGUUUGUGUUGCAAGCAGAAAUAAAAUAUGAUGGCCAAUAUGGUUCCUGCAUA